CACCAACAACUCCUAUUAAGUUUUCAGUUCUCACAAAUUAAAAAAUAAAAAUAUUAUAUAUACAUAUAUAUAUAUAUAUUCUCUUCGAGUCCGUCGAAAAAGAAAACAAUGGCGAAACCCAGCAGCGAAAAGCCAGAGGAGCAUAGCGAUUCCAAGUACUACAAAGGGGUCCGAAAGAGAAAAUGGGGCAAAUGGGUAUCCGAAAUAAGACUACCCAACAGCCGUCAGAGGAUUUGGUUGGGAUCCUACGACACCCCCGAGAAGGCCGCGCGUGCCUUCGACGCGGCAAUGUUCUGCUUACGUGGCCGCAACGCCAAGUUUAAUUUCCCCGACAACCCACCCGACAUCGCCGGCGGAACGUCCAUGACGCCGUCGCAGAUUCAGAUCGCCGCCGCACAAUUCGCCAACGCGGGGCCCCACGAGGGACAUUCGGGUCGACCCGAACAUCCUCCCAUGGAAUCUCCAUCGCCUUCUGUUUCGGAAGGGACCAUCCAAACGGACAGUGACGUCCCCACUCUUAACGGUUCAGUAACGGAUUUGUUCACGCCCGUUGGGUCGAGUGGUUACGCAUCCGAUUACGGGAUUUUCCCGGGCUUUGAUGAUUUCAGUGGCGAUUUUUAUGUGCCGGAAAUGCCGAACGUUAAUUAUGGAGAAGAAAACGGGGAAGGGUUCAUAGUUGAUGAAUCUUUCUUGUGGAAUUUUUGAGGGGCAAUCAAAUCCAGUAUUCACCACCGGCCAAAUGGGUUAUGGUUCAGGACUACGAGAGAGGCGUAACCAAGUUUAAGAAUAAAGUUUUUUUAUUUAUACAUCAAAUAGUUUAUUAAAAUUAUUAUUAUUUUAUUUAAAAUUUAUUUUUAAAUAUAAUUUUAUAAUAAUUUUUUUUAGGUAUAUUAAUACUAAAAAAAUAAAAUUUAAAACUAUUUUUUUAGCUAAAGUCCUUACAUGGAUUGUUUGAUCCUUAAGUCGAUCCUGUCAUUGUUAUGGUUGCAGAUAGUUUUAUUGAUUCUGGAACCGUGGUAAUGAUCCGGGUUUGAAUUCGUUAAUUUUUGGACGACCAAACCUAUAUGAUUAAUGAGUUUCUAUGAUAUUGAUAUCGAUGUAAAAAAAAAAAGUUGUGAUUCAUUCAAUAAUGAAAAUAUUAGUUAUCUUGCAAAUACAA